CGUAAUCCGUGUGACUGCGCGAGUUGUUUUGACGUUUUGUUUGUGUUUGUGUAUCUUUGCCGUCUGCUGGAACUCGCGGAUAACUUUUGGCUAUUUGGAUAAUUUCCGCGAGGACGGCCAGGAGUCAGGGUUCUCUAAGCUCCCCACUGCCUCCUUCCAGAUUCGAUCGAUCCCUUCCGAUCGUCCUGGGCGUGAACGCCGUCGAACGGGAUUUCGAAAAAGGGUUUAUCUCAGUUCGAAGGACCGCAAGACACGGUCGUUGAGUGUCCCGUCUGCUGAGUGGUUCGGGCCGCGGGCCUGGUGUCCUGCAGUGGUUAUUUACUGAAGAGGUUAUGUGCGGGACGGGGCCCUUAGCAGACCCCUGCUGCCUUCGUUUAAUCAGUGUUUCGCUAUCCCUGGACUGACUGCAGCUCGGAUUCUGUCUGUUGUGAUUGAUUCGUUCGCGAUGAAAGAUGACGAGUGUGGCCGGCCCCCAGUUGGACAGCUUGGCCUCCAGCGAGCGCAUCACGGAACUGUUCCCCAAGUGCCGUCCGAGGGACAGCCUCAGUCUAAGCCUCAAUGUGGCAACCAGUCGCCUCAAUGAGCACAACAAGAUCGGCCUGAUGGACAGCAAGAAGGGACAGGGGCUGGGUCAGACUCGGGACAGCGAGAGGCUGGAUUGCGAUGAAGAGGCGGAUGACGCAAGUGCCAGUGCUGUAGACUCAUCGGACGACGAGAGCAAUGAUAGUGAUGGCCCGGGCCCAGCAGCUAGCCUGCCCCAGGCACAGGCUCAGGGCCAGGCUCAGUCCCCGCUGGGCCAGGCUAGCCAUGAGAACCAUGGCGAGGGAAGCUCAAGCGCCUACAAACUGCGGGACUCCAGAAUUAUUGAAAUAGCUGGAGGAAGGGAAGUAUUUUGCCAGAGUCGGAGCAAGCCUGGUCGCAAGGGACGCCAUGUUCGUGAAUCUCGAGAGCGAGAUGACUCCAAUUCUAGCAAGACCAUUAAGACUGAAACUUCAGAAAGGAGAGUGUGGGAACUACGAUCAAGAUGUGGAGAGGCUAAAAGACAAAGAAAUUCUAGAGAUGUUACCGACAUGUUUUCCUCUGAUUCUAGAGGAAGGCAUCGUGGGGGCAUUCCAUCUCGUAAGUUAAGUGGUAAUGCAUCUUACGAGCCAGUUCCAACAACGGCUCCAACCCUAAAUAUGGGAGGUGGAGAGGUCGUUGUUUUUGAUGAUAUUGGCGAAAAUUGGCGAGGGAAUGAUUCUUCUUCCGCUGCUUCCACACCUAGUCCACCAGGACAUCAUAGAGCACCUUCUCAUUACUUUAAGGUGUCAACAUCGGUAUCUGAUGCUGAAAAUGACUCUCUCUCGCCUGACCGCGAGGAUGGACCUGAUGAAUCAGAUGACAUUCCAAGUAGCCGAAAUGUGCUUCCAAGCAGUCUCUCUGGUAGCCAUCUUGCUGGAAAUCGUUCAGCAGCUAGUCGAAAAGGCUCUCGAAUCAUUGGUGGUCUCCCCAUAGCAGACUACGAGGGUUCACCAAAACGCUAUGGUCCUCGCCAAGGAGAAUCAGGAGGCUCGCAUGGACCAUCUCAUCCAACUUUACCUUCUGCUCACAGUCUCCUCAGCUCCCCUUCCCUUCUCACACCUCGUCCUGGCUUUCCUCAGAGGGUCCUACCAGAUUGUAAUUUAUCACCACCAACAAGCACUGCAAGUACAACCAACUCAACCUUUGAUUACUUGUAUGAAUUUUCGGAAACAAGGAAAGUCCUAGAAGAAUUUUUCAAACCUUCCUCAGACAUUCCGAACAAUGAAGAUAAUUCCCAUUUUCAGGAGCUAGAGUACGAAUUACGGAGACAGUCAGGACAGAAUGCAUCAUCUUGCAAUUCUGGGUCUGGAAGUGCUUAUGUGGGUUUGAGAUUAGCUAAAGCAGUUCCAGAGCAUAGUGGAACGGAAUCACCUCAUAAUGAUGUUCCAAGCACUACCAACGACCUCAUUUCCUUACAGGAACAGCCAGAAAAUGAGCAGGAGAACAACCUAAUGGAACUUUCGACUGGAAGUGGCUCAACAGAGGAUCUGGGAGACACUGAAGUUGGUCUUCAGGUCGGUCACAGCCGAAAUUUCACUCUUUCACCAGAAACAACAGACUGUGAUUCUAACUGUGGUGACUUGGAUAGUGAAGUUUCCUUACUUCUCACUGAUGGGGACACUCCUGGGAUUGCUACUGGCUUAACUGGAGGUCUAGGCAGUGGACUGUCAAGUGGUCUAGGGGACAUAGGGUCUGGCUUACCUGUUGAUGCAAUGCGCUUGUACUCUAGCAUGCCUGUUCUAGAAGAUGGUCUUUCAUCUGGUCAUGCUAGUGAUACAGACAACAAUAAUCCCACUGUCAUGUUGAUGAAACGGCAAAUUACUGAAAUAGAGAGAGAACUUGGACAGCGGUCAGGACGAUCAAAACUAGAUGAUAGAUCAGAACAUUCAGAACCCCUGGAUCACUUGACUGGGCAUAUGAAUUCAAGUUCUACUAAUAAUACAAAUACAAAUAGUGUGUCUACCAGAGACAGAGAUCGAGACAGUUCUUACCCAGAUCCUGAAUUAGAAGCUUUGGACCCUUUAGCCCAAUGGUGUGCAGCUGGUGGCUCUCAGAAUACACCACCUCCACCUGCUCCUGCGCCUCAUCGUAACCAAGCAGGAAGUACCCCUGACAAUGUCUCUCAGAGCUUGCCAUGCCGCAGCUCAGUUUCGUCAGUGAAUUCCGGAGAAGGUGUUGAAGAAGUCAUUAAGGACAUUAGAUUAGCUAUUCAAAGAGCCAAGACUUUGCCUGUCAAAUCUGUUGAAAGUGAGCCUCCACAGCCAACAGCCAGCCCAAUUUGGGUACCAAGAAGAAGAAACUGUGAUAACUUACGGAACUCAACUUUGAGUGGUGAUGAACAUGCAGAUGAUGAUGAAGCAGACACCGACCUUGAAACAGAUCGAUUGCUUGGUCAACUUCGAACGGAUGACAUUGGUUUUUAUGAACCACAAACGAAAGGGUGGCGGAAAUCUACCAAAUCUCGAACCGUUAUGCCUUCUUCCCAGUCCUCCUCCUCACUUUCAAAAAAUGGUGGAUGCUCAGCAACCACCCCUCUUUUAGCACAAUCUAAGAUAUCCUCUCCUCCACACCCAUCACUUUCUGUGGCAGCACUUCUGUCACCAACCGUUGACCUCUCUACUCAGCCUUGUGUCCCCACAUCAAAUUCCAUUUCUUCUAAUGCAAAUUCAAAUGAUAUUGCAACUUCCUCUAAUGAACUAACAUCCCCAGAUAAGACUCCCUCACCCAGGAGUGCUGCGGAGGCCAAUGCUGUGGGCAAGAACAAAAAGGACAAGGAAACUGGAAAGAAGAAAGGAAGAAACAAAGAGGAUGGUCGUUGGGAUCCUGCAGUAUUGAUUGAAGGAGUAUUAUUUCGGGCAAGAUAUCUAGGUUCCACACAACUUGUCUGUGAGGGGCAACCUACCAAAACAACUCGCAUGAUGCAAGCAGAAGAAGCAGUAUCAAGAAUUAAGGGCCAGCAAGGUGAGGUGCUGUUCGACGGCCCUCAGGUCGCUCCGAGGAGAGGGCAGGGCGGGGCUGUGGGUACCCAGGGCCACGAGCUGGUACCCGCCCCCGGCCUGCACGUUGCCCAUGGGCCCCACGCCCCGCUCUCCUUGCCGUUGGCGCCCCUCCUGAGGCCGGGACCAUCUGGACCCUGCCCGGGACCGGGACCAGCAGCCUCCGGGCCUCUUCCUCCCACCUACUGCGACGUGGACGACCAGCUCUCGCUGCUGGAGGCCGGACAGUGGUCGGGACACCCCCAUGGGGGCCUGAGGGUGGUUCCCAGCAACCCACAUGUGGACCGGCUGGGCGCCGAUGUGCCCCUCCCCGCAGGCACCAUAUUUCGUCUUAUCUUCCUCGGCUCUGUGGAAGUCGAAGAAGAAGGAAACGGUCGAAAACGUCGCAGGAGACUCAAGAAAACCAUGGUGGAGGAAGCAGUCACCAAAAUCAAGGCUCCUGAUGGUGAAACACAACCUAGCACUGAAGUGGAUCUCUUUAUUUCAACUGAGAAAAUCAUGGUCUUAAACACAGAUCUCAAGGAAAUUAUGAUGGAUCAUGCACUGCGCACAAUAUCAUACAUUGCCGAUAUUGGAGAUUUAGUUGUGCUUAUGGCACGGCGUCGUUUUAUGCCCCAGGAUGAUGAUUCAGAUUCAAAACUUUCUCGAACUCCCAAGAUGAUUUGCCAUGUUUUCCAAAGUGAAGAGGCCCAAUUCAUUGCUCAAUCUAUUGGACAAGCUUUCCAAGUGGCUUACAUGGAGUUUUUAAAGGCAAAUGGGAUCGAAGACAACAGCUUUGUUAAAGAAAUGGAUUAUCAAGAAGUUCUUAACUCUCAGGAAAUAUUUGGUGAUGAGCUGCAAAUGUUUGCUAAAAAAGAAAUGCAGAAAGAGGUUGUUGUGCCUAAAGCUAAAGGAGAAAUCCUUGGAGUUGUCAUUGUUGAGUCAGGUUGGGGUUCCAUGCUACCAACAGUCGUUAUAGCUAAUUUGGCACCUGCAGGGGCUGCUGCAAGAUGUGGUCAACUUAAUAUCGGUGACCAGAUUAUAGCAAUCAAUGGAGUUAGUUUGGUGGGAUUGCCACUUUCAACUUGCCAAAACUACAUUAAGAAUACAAAGACCCAGACUGUGGUGAAACUGACAGUUGUACCAUGUGCACCAGUUGUAGAAGUUAAAAUAAAAAGACCAGAAACGAAGUACCAACUAGGAUUCAGUGUGCAGAAUGGAGUGAUUUGCAGUCUUUUAAGGGGAGGUAUUGCCGAGCGUGGUGGCGUUAGAGUUGGUCAUCGUAUCAUAGAAAUAAACAAUCAAAGUGUGGUUGCUGUACCUCAUGAAAAGAUUGUAAACCUUUUAGCUACAUCUGUUGGCGAGAUUUUGAUGAAAACUAUGCCAACCUCUAUGUUCAGACUCCUCACUGGACAAGAAACUCCAAUUUACAUCUAAUACUAGGUGAGAAGCUACGCAUUUCUAGACCAAAGUAAUUGUCUCAGAUAUCAGAUUGUGUGUUCUUGUAAUUAUGAAAUGCAUAGUGUUGGAGAGUACGAUUAACAAUCUAAAACACUUGGAUUUCUUAUUGGAAAGCUUGCUUGUGAUAAUGAUAGGUAAAGCUACAGGCUAUGAAAAUGUUCUGUAUAUUUUGUAUGUGCGCGUUCUGUGAUGAAGCUGUCAUAAAUCUAAGUGAUUCAUAAGUUUCUAGUGGUUGGUAAAAUACCCCAGGCCUGCUUCCACUUUCUUUUUAUGUUGUAGUUUUGUGAAAAACAUUCUUUUUUUGUUGAGAAAUUAUUCCUUUGGUGUGUAAGAUCUGUCUCAUUUCAAUAUCCCAGACUGGAGUGUUCUCUGAAAGCAAUACUCAGUCACACAUGUGACUUUAUAACUCAAAUCUAUUGUUUUAUUGAGCUUGUUUGGCCUAUCCUCUAUAUAGUGUGUGUCAAAAGAACUCCUCAAAAAGUACAUUAUACAUGGAUGAAAUAAUUCAUAAAUAUCAUAAACAUGAAUUUAUGGAUAGGGAAAAAGCAGAACACUGCAAUGUUUUCUACUUUACUUUUGCUUUAAUAUCCAUCAUAUAUAUCCAAAGAGUGUCAGAAGCUUUAGUGAAUGUGUAAGAGAGUUAGAGGCUGAAAUGGGCACCAAAAAAUAUGACAAAGUGUGUUCAUAGUCAUGUAAUUUUUUUUAAAGUUAUGUAUCUAUUUCAAAUUGUUUAUUGGUAUGUAUUUGUGUAUAACUACAUGUUUAUUUAUUUAUUUAUUUACUUGUUUGUUUGUUUUUUAUUUAUCUGUUUAUUUGUAUCCUAUUACUCCUGCAUCAUGAAGUUCAUUUACCUUGCAUGUGUAUUAAAAUUCAUGUUGAAUCUGCCGAUGCGCUGAUGUAAAAAUUCAGCUUAAAUAUGACAAUUAUUUUAUGCGUGUUCCUUUUUUAAAAUAUAGUAAUCUGGAAAGUCAAAGUUAAAAUGUUCAAAUGAUUUAUUGUGAAAGAGUGUGUGCAUUGUAGUUACUUUCCCAAAAGACUGUUAAAUUUCAUUCAUUGUCCCAUUUAUUGUAUUGUAAAUACUAAGCACUUAGCAUUACACACUCUUUGUUAGAAAAGUCUACCAAGUUUUAAUUUCUGUUUGAAUUAGUGUUUUCACAUGGAAGUAUUGGACUCUUGGACAGUGAUCUAUGCUUCUUCUUCCUCACAAUUUUAAUAAAUACAGAGCAACUCAGAUAAAUGCUAAAGAUUUUGCUGUCAGGUCAGGUGUGCUCUUGUCAUAGAUAAAUUGAGAAAUGUUAAUGUUGAUCCUAGUCACAAUUGUAAACUAACUUCCAACAUAAAGAGCAAAACAAAGUCAGUCUUGCACAAUUAGACCUUUGUUGUAGAGGCUAUCAGACUCCUCAUUUUCAGUUGUCUUUAAUUAUUGGUGUUGAUUACUUGAUUUUUUAUGAAGACUCUUUUUAUUGAAACAAGUAUCUAGGAAGUGUGCCCCCUGCAAUUUUAUUAGGAUUAGUUCCUUUAAUUUUAAAGAGGCAUGAAUCUUCAUAUCCUCAGUGUAAGUGUGGUAUGUGUAAACCUUUGGAUAACAAAGUUCAAAUAUCAGGGAAUUUCAGAGAUGGCUUUGCUACUUGCUUGUGGUAUAACACAACUCAAUUUUCUAUAAAGUAAUUUUGAUUUUAUUUCAUCAAAGAAGUCAUUGUCUUUUUCACAUUUAACUGUUGAAUAGUAUUUAAAUGGGUCCAAGUCUGAAUUAGAAAGUUCAUGAUUUACCUUAAAAACUUGUCAUCAGCCAAGAAAUUAGCGAGUUUUAACUUAAGCAAUCUCAGAGAGUCAGUUGUGUUUUCUUCUUUUUCUUAAGUCUUCUUUUUGAAUGAUUACUUGUGUUGUGUACUAGUUCUCUUGCACUUCUCAGGCUUUCUCUUCAUGAACCCAAAAUUUCUGCUGAGGUACUAAAUCAUGCAACAUACAUCCUGAUACAUCUCUCAUUUCCUUUCCAGCUCUGUGAGCAGAACUAUGUUGAAACAUGUUGCUGCUUCUAUUGUGAUCCUGAUAUUAAUAUGUGGGCUUUGUCUUGCAUGCAAUUUUAAGUGUGUUAUUGAUAAUUGAGGAUAGCCAAAUAUUCUAUGCCAUCAUAAAAGUUGGCAUUUUGUAACUGCCUGAUUUGUAUCUUACAAUUUGUUGUAAAAUCGUAAUUACUAGGGGUAUUUCUGGGUAUUUUUCACCUGCAUGAACAGCUGCUAUUAAAUCAAUCAAUACAUCAGAAUCAUUGUUAAUUCCAACAAGUUUACCUCGUUAAUUUUGUACAUAUGAAAAUAGCAUUAAUUAUGAAAUGUUGAAUAACUAUGUACAACAGCUGAUUGUGUAAUCUGAGGGCUUAAUGAAAUGAGGAAGUGUGUUGAUUUACUAA